CCAUAGAUGCUGAUUGGCAGACUAUGUUACUCCAGCAUCUGUGGUCUCUUGUGCCAGAUUCCACUACAUAUACGGGGUGUUGCGAUCAUUCCAGAUAUCCUGCUCUCGCUCCAGUCUUUGCUUCACCCAUGUUGUGUUUUGUCCACACAGUCGCUGUGUCCAGUCUGAGAGUUGGAAUGAAUCCUGAAGCGCCCCAGGCCAGUGAUAAUGUGACUCUGGAAUGCUCUGUUCAACUGGGGAAUCUUGUCCGAUACAGCUGGUACCGAUGUGAUCUGCCUCUGUCAAAUGGAAUGGACUAUCACCUGUCACAGAACAACCGUUCGCUGACACUGCUGAAUGUGCAGGACUCUGAUGUUGGUGUCUAUCAGUGUAAAGCAGAAAAUCGCAUCAGCUCCAAACACAUAGACUUUACCUUCCAGCUUUGCCUACCAUCAAAAGGAUGCUCAGUGGAAUCUAAGUACCUGGGAUAUGGUGGCUAUCCCGGAUAUAUUGGGUACAUCAUUCUCAUUAUCUUGUGCUGCCGGAGGAAGAAACAAACAACAAAACUGUCAAAAGAGAGUGAAACUAUUUAUGAAAACACCCACAUAGUAAAGUAAAGAGUUGGCUCUUUCUUGUGUGAAUAUCCCAAGAUUUUGUGUACACAGCAAUGAAGCAUUAAAGAUUAUUCUGCAGCUCUGCUGUAGGUGGAUAAGAUAUGUCCGUCAUCAAGAAGCUGAGUUUACUUGUAUUUGUAAAUGACACUGUAAGCAGCUUGCCCACUGUAUGUACCAUAUAACCAUAUAACAAUUACAGCACGGAAACAGCCCAUCUCGGCCCUACAAGUCCGUGCCGAACAACUUUUUUUUCCCUUAGUCCCACCUGCCUGCACUCAUACCAUAACCCUCCAUUCCCUUCUCAUCCAUAUGCCUAUCCAAUUUAUUUUUAAAUGAUACCAAUGAACCUGCCUCCACCACUUCCACUGGAAGCUCAUUCCACACCGCUACCACUCUCUGAGUAAAGAAGUUCCCCCUCAUAUUACCCCUAAACUUCUGUCCCUUAAUUCUGAAGUCAUGUCCUCUUGUUUGAAUCUUCCCUAUUCUCAAAGGGAAAAGCUUGUCCACAUCAACUCUGUUUAUCCCUCUCAUCAUUUUAAAGACCUGUAUCAAGUCCCCCCUUAACCUUCUGUGCUCCAGAGAAUAAAGACCUAACUUAUUCAACUUAUCUCUGUAACUUAGUUGUUGAAACCCAGGCAACAUUCUAGUAAAUCUCCUCUGUACUCUCUCUAUUUUGUUGACAUCCUUCCUAUAAUUGGGCAACCAAAAUUAUACACCAUACUCCAGAAUUGGUCUCACCAAUGCCUUGUACAAUUUUAACAUUACAUCCCAGCUUCUAUACUCAAUGCUCUGAUUUAUAAAGGCCAGCACACCAAAAGCUUUCUUUACCACCCUGUCUAUAUGAGAUUCCACCUUCAAGGAACUAUGCACGGUUAUUCCCAGAUCCCUCUGUUCAACUGUAUUCUUCAAUUCCCUACCAUUUACCAUGUACGUCCUAUUUUGAUUUGUCCUGCCAAGGUGUAGCACCUCACAUUUAUCAGCAUAUGUUUUCAGCAGAAAUAUUUAACACAUGGCUUUAGGCUGUAAAUCUAACAUUCUGAAAUAGCGAGUAAGAUUGCAGCUGUCUUUGUUGUUUAUGCCAAUACAAAAACAUUAGAACUUAUUCAAAAAGCAAAUAAAACAGCAGCAAGAAGUAUUUCUUCAACCUGAUUCUGCUAUUGUGGGUCAUUUUGUGUUUUUAUGUUGCAGUUAGUCCAAAAAAAAAGCAGCAUUAAACCACACAGACUGAUUGUAGAAUCAGUAAAGAACAAUCUUGGUCGUGGAAGCAAGCUGACAAAUCUUCACUGUACUUCCCCGAUGACAAGUACAUCCUACAAUACGCAAUAGACAAUAGGUGCAGAAGGAGGUCAUUUGGCCCUUCGAGCCAGCACUGCCAUUCAAUGUGAUCAUGGCUGAUCUUCCCCAAUCAGUACCCCGUUCCUGCCUUCUCCCCAUAUCCCCUGACUCCGCUAUCUUUAAGAGCUAUUAUCUUUUCUGUUCUAUGCACCAGGGUGUCUACCCUGGUAAUUUGUAAUAUAAUAUUCCUGCUUCAAUACUCUAGCCCACUAUUUAACUGUAUCCACACCCCUUUAUCAGUAUCAGUAUCAGUAUAUCUUUAUUGUCAUUUCCUGAGUACUCACAUACCCAGAGGAAACAAAAAAACGUUGCUCCACCAGUGUCCAUUCAGUGUGCAGUAAAAUAACAACAAAUAAAU